AUGUCUUACACGCCACCUGUCAUCGUCUCACCUUCACAAAAACAUGAGACGACCUUGAUCGUCUUCCAUGGUCGUGGCUCUACAGCCCAGAAGUUCGCCGAGCCUCUUCUAUCGCAUACAGUCUCCUCGGAUUCGCACACUACAACCCCUCAUUCGACAACGACCGUAAAGCCCCAGAAAUGUUUCCGAGAUCAUUUUCCAAACACCAAGCUCAUCUUCCCGACCGCACCUCUCCGCCGUGCCGUUGUGUUCAACCGCAGCCUCACACAUCAGUGGUUCGACAAUUGGUCUCCAAUACAACCGGAACUCAAGCAGCAUCUACAAGUUCAAGGACUACGGGAGACGAGCAUUUACAUUCAUGAAUUGUUGAGGCAAGAGAUCGAGACCAUCGGGGCAAAAAACGUAGCUAUCAUGGGGCUCAGCCAAGGGUGUGCAGCUAGCCUUGUUUCAACGCUUUUAUGGCAGGGUGAGGCAUUUGGGGGAUUGGUGGGCAUGUGUGCCUAUUUGCCGUUUCGCAAGGGGAUGCAUGAUUGCAUAGAGGAUUUAUCAUAUGGCAAGACAGAUCCGCUAGUAGGCCCUGACGACGACGGCGAAGACAUGUUCGAGCGAGACGAGAACGACUUUACAAAGAGUGAUUCAAAAUUCGAGAUGGCAAUUGAGUGGCUACGUGAAGAGCUACAAGCCGAAGCUGAAGAAUGGGGUGGUGAUCAGCUAUGUUCUGUGCAGUCAAUACCAGUCUUCAUGGGACAUGGGGAAGAGGAUGAGAAGGUACCAUGUGAGCUAGGAAGAUCAGCCGCGGAUUUUUUGCGAAGUAUAGACAUCAAAGUUGACUGGAAAGAGUAUGAAGGCCUCGGUCACUGGUACUCGGAUGAAAUGCUACGGGAUAUCAUCAGAUUCCUAGGGAAUCUCGAGGGCUGGAAGGUCAAUGCCGAUUAAGUGUCGUGCAAUGCUCUGGUCCAUGUGUGUAGAUCAAUGUGCGGCAUCAGGUUAGGUCGUGAAGAGGAGGCGAACAGAUACUUAUUAAAGUGGGGCAACAUACAAAUAAUGAUUGGUGAUUGCGCCUCGGCCAACUGUCGAGCUCCACCAAACAACAAAAAAUUCUACAUCUGGGAACGUGCAAAAAGAAUACAUACAACAGUGGGGAUUCCCCAGUGGUCACCCACCUGAGUACUAAUCCACCGGUACGUUGCUUAAAUAGGGCUGAGCGAAC